AUGGUAUUCUAUCUGUCUAGUGACGACCGCGAUAUUAAUUCUCAUCGAUAUAGCCGAUACACAUUGGAACAAAAUCAUACUCAUUAUUUAUUUUUUGAUGAUGGUACAUACGACUCGGCAGAUAAUGGUGGAUUCAUUUCCAGAAUCGCACGAGAAAUAUCGCGUGGAGCAGAGCGCAGAAUACCACUUGUUACUAUUUUGGUUGGAGGGAAUCUUUAUGCAUUAAAAUCGAUAUGGAAAGAUCUCAAAAAUCAAGUUUCACUUGUUAUUGUCGAUCAAAGUGGACCAUUGGCUAAUAUGUUAUGUAGAUAUUUGCAAAAAACAAAAGGUGAAUCAUCGUUUGUAAAAUAUUUGUCUGUUAAAAAUAUUUUCAUUCCAGAUAUUUCCAGAGCGAACACUAAUCAAGAUCAAGACGAGUACGGUGAUGAUGAUAAAAUUACAAGCGAUGAUGAAAAUGACAUUGAUGAUAUAUUCAUGCUUGAAUCUUCUUUGGCUCAAGUUGAUGCUGAAAAGUUAUCUAAUUUGCCGCAACGCAAUUUGAAAGAAGCUUUGAAACCAUUUGGGAAAUGGCGCCUAGACAUUUACAGGGAUUUGCGAAAACUCUACGAUUCAUUUCGACAAGAAGUAUACAAAACAGCUGGCAAUGGUUUAUCUCCAGAUGAAUUAUUAAGUUUGGAUGAAAAGAAAACUCUUGCAGAAUACCUUUUCUGGUUUGUCACCUGCCUGAACACUCCAUUUCGUGACAAUAUACAUAUUUUCGAUUCCAAUUCAUCAAUUUUUUUGAAAAACACGAUUUAUAAUGCUACGGUUCAAGGUUAG